CGGCGGGCCGGGGAUGGGGGGAUUCCUGUCAACCCUUGCCCGCCCCAGCCGUGAGCUCCCGCGGGGGCGCGGGGACGGUGCCCUUGAGGCCUUUCGGGCGGCCUUUCGUGGGGAGUGUCCCGGUAGGAGGUGUUCUUCCCGGUACCGGCGACCUUCUCCCAUCUGCCCUUCUCCCGGUCGGCGGCCUGGCGGGGCCUGCGUGCACGCCGUUCACGGCGGGAGGGCGGGGGGGUCACGCAUCUCUGGGAGAAACUUCUCACCUGCCGGCAAAACAGCUGGCCAACCUUCACUAAAUAUAUGCAUGUAAACGUACGACACGCAUUGUGUAAUUAAAACCCUGACAAAUACUUUUUUUUAAAAAAAGGGAUUUAAGGAGCUGUCAGAAUUCAUCAGCUUGGAAUGCUGGUUGCAAGGACCAAAGCAGUCUUUUCUGACGAAACAGGAGUGGACUGAGUUGGGAUUUAAGCAUGCACAAAAUAUUUUCUGCUCUCGUGUUUUGUAGAAGCAUUGGAUUUUUUUAAUGAUAUAUUUCACGUGACAUUUAUAGAGAAAAGUUCCUCAAGUAUAGCUGUGUGAAAGAACAGGUGCUAUGAGGUGUGAAAGUUAGCCAAAGUUUUUAACUUAAAAAUCCCCCACAAACGUUUCUUUUGGUCAUUCUUUUCUAAUUUGUUUCCCUAAUGAAAGAGGGAAGCACCUAAGCCUUAUGUGCCGACAGAGGAGGAAAGACGACUCCUCAAGGAAUGUGCUGAAGAGAGCGCCCGGUACAGAGCUUUUCCUUUGGCUGCAGUGAGCAUGCUUGCUACUAGUUUCUUAAUUAGAAAAGGUGUUCUGAGAGAUACCUCAAGAUUUGGCUCUUUUACGAAAGUUGCGUUUGCUGGAAUGUGUGGAUACCUGGCUGGAAAGAUAUCCUACUUGCCAAUCUGUAGCGAGAAAUUUAAGAAACUGAAGGAUUCCCCAAUAGGAGAUGUUCUACGCCAAGCUCAGAGACAUAGUUCACAUAACCGUUCCAGUCGGAAAUCUGAAUUUUCAGACAUGCCUCCUCAGUCAUUUACUGAAUCUUCUUCUCCAAGAGCUGAAUUUCCACUUUCUUCUAGCUAUUCAGAUGAUUAUAGUUCAACAGAUAGAGCCCUCUCAAGUUAUGAACCUGUUCCAUUCAGUGCUUCCCUGAAUGAAUCUUCACCUACAGGAAUUACUGAUUACACUGCUCAAGAUCCUGCUCCAAUUCCAGAAGAAAGUCGUAAAAAAAAAGGCAUCACAUAUGAGGAAUUAAGGAAUAAACACAGAGAGACAUAUGAGGUAAUGCUACCACCAAAGGCAGGAACUCCAAGCAAGUUUUCACAGGAAAAACCAGUUAAGGAAGUUAAAGUAAAUAAAUAUGGAGAUACCUGGGAUGAGUAAGAGCUGAAUGAAGAACUGAAGAAAAUUAUCCCGUCAGCUAACUUGAACUUCAUCUAGAUUAGUCACGCGUAUCGGCACCUUUGGUGUGUUCUGCCAGGCACAGCUUUUAAUAAACGAGGAGAAAAUCCUCACUUGCCAGAAGAUGGGGGGGGGAAAGUAUUUAGGCUUAAUUUUUUUUAAUUUUGCAUAAAUGGCAAGCGAGGCUGUUGUGAGGCGUCAUGACUAUGAACCAUUUGUGCUGUUGUUGAAGAAUGAAAGGGGUAACUGGCAAUAACAAAUGCAAAUGUAUAGCAAAAGGUAAAAAAAUCUAUGUAAAUAAAUGCAAUCACGUGUACUGGGAAGGGAAAAAUACCAGAAUCUUCUGAAAUUUUCAAGACCUGCAUUAAAAGUUACCUGCAGAACUAACAGCUCACUGUGUUUUGUCUGAGAAGGGGUAUGCUAGGAACCUCAAAUUGUUGUCACGCUUGGUUAGUAAUGUUUGGAAUAAUACUGGGAACUAUUCAGGAAAAAAAGGGCUGAGGAACCAAGCCAAAGACGUAAGUCGGCAUACUUAACUGUGGCUUUAGACCAAUAGUCUGACUUGCCCACGCUGGGUCUCUCAGGCCAGUCAUUUUGGAAGAAAAUGAUUGAAUGAAACUGCAGAUAUUUAAAAUAGCUCUAUUUAAGCACAGAAGGUGAAACCUGACAAGCUUUGGUAAAAGUUUGAACAGAAUCUUGACUGUUAGCACUAGGGUUUGUGUAUUUAGCCUUAUUGCUCAGUUUGUGCAAGUCAUGACCAAAAAAACAUCUUUACAGAGAAAAGAUCCAGAUCAGUGGAAUUUUGUGUUAUUACUAGCUAUAAGAAAAGAGCCACGUUGGCAAAACUACUGUAGAGUAUUUCCUAAUGUUUGCAUCGCCUGCGCUCUCUCAGUCGAAGUGUUGCCCUCUGUUAGGGGACCUCACCUUCUCAGCUGUGCUGUUUCAUGGCACAGCAUUGUGUUUAUUUGGGGGUUGUGCCUAUAGGUGAGCAAAAACCACGAUGAAGUUUAGUGUAAAAGCUUUCCUGGCAUCCGUGUUGGAGAUGAAAAAUAACUUUGCCUACCAUGAUGGAACUUCUCAAAGACCUUAUUGGUUUAGCAGACUAGAUUAUUUGGGGGGAGUUCAGAGCAAUUGGCUGAAAUGAGGAGGAAAAAAGGGGGGAAGAUGGGAAUGCUUAAAGAGCCAAAUAGAACAUGUAAUAAUCGAAACAGGAACAUUCCUUUCAGAAAAGCUGAUCUUCUAAAAAAAGGAUUGUGCUAAUCAGAUAAUCU